UACUGCCUCAAGCCUGGCAUCAGUUGGAUGUGACAGAUGUGAUGUUGUUAAAUAUGACUUCCUUCUGUUGUGGGCUGUGAUGGUAUCACUGACACCUGUAAAGAUUUACACCAAAGCCAAGUUUAAACCUUCCCUAACUUCUGUUAAGCGUCUGACUGAGUACGGUUAGCUUGGUGUGUUGCCUUGCAGUUGUGACAGCAUGGUUGGACGUUUUGUUCACUUCACAAUUCUAUCCAUCAUCUGGUGUGAGAGAAGAGAUGGAAGGUUAAUGUCUGGUGUCUGAAGUUACUCCUGGAUGAGUUAAGAGUGCCCAUGAACACAUCCAGGAGAUGACGCCAGGAUUGUUUUGAAAUCUGAAACCAAAUUUUUUGGGCAAAAAACUUCACAUUCAGUUGCAACUCAAAUUUGGGUCUGAAACUAUUUCACUUUAAUGGAGCUAAUAAAUUGCUACUGGCCAGUGUUCCCUGACUAUAGCUCAUGGAUGAAUUUAUUGAAAACAUUCAAUGAGCUUGUAUAAACUGCCUUGACUCUGCUCGGAAAUCCCUCUAAUAGGCGUUGCAACAUUAAUGCUGGAUUUAUUUCCACUCAGCCACAAGAGCAUAAGAAGGUUCAGGCAUUGAUGUCAGGCAAAGAGGCCCAGCUUACAGAGAGCCUGGAGAUUUCUCACUGUGUUGGAUGGAGCUGAGAUCAGGCCUUUGGGACUGCUGGUGUUUAGUGUCUGUCAAGUAACAGCACUCAUACUACGCAUGAUAUUGAUUUGGAUGCACUGGAAGCCAUUCACACACAGACGUGUCGAGACACUGGUUCCUUCUUUUCCAUUUUUGCUUUACUUUUAGUUCACUCACCUUUCCAUUUCUCUUUCUCUGUCUCUCUCUCCCCUCACUCUUUCUCUCACAGUCCCCAGCUCUCUCUGUUUCUCUUUUGCUCUCUCUGCCUCUCACCAACUCUGUCACACUCUCCUAGAUUUGGGGAGGAGUCAGAGAAGCUGUUUCUCUCCAGCCGGGCUCGUACAAAUACUAGAGAUACUGUCAGCAGAGUUUGGUGGUGACCCUGCCGACCCCAGCUGAGUCCAGGACCUACAUGAUGCACUGCUGGGAAAACGGCAUCCACGUCCUCUGUUGGGGGCUGAUCCUGGGGGGCGCAGGCCACCUGGUGGGGGUCAGAACGUCCCAGGCUUCCUACGGACGCUACCUAGGCGUCUCCACCACUGCCAGGAAGAUACCAGCCCGGGUGGCCUGGUUCUUCCAGGAGCUUCCAGCUCUUCUGGUACCCCUGCUGCUGCUGCUGCUCACCAGCAGCAGACCCUCUGGCCUGGGGAGACACCUGCUCCUUGGAACCUUCUGCCUUCACUACUUCCAAAGGGUUUUUGUGUAUUCCCUGCUAACCAAGGGUCAGCCCUUUCCCUUGGAUGUGAUGCUGACAGCUGCCCUGUUCUGCACUGUGAAUGGGUUUCUGCAAGCACAUUAUCUGCUACACUGUGCCCAGUAUGAGGAUGGCUGGGCGUCCGACUGCCGUUUUGUGACGGGUUUGAUGAUAUUUAUCAUCGGAAUGGCCAUCAACAUCCACAGCGACUAUAUUCUACGCAACCUACGGAAAUCAGGAGAGGUUGUGUACAAGAUUCCUAAAGGAGGCCUGUUUGAGUAUGUGUCUGGAGCUAACUACUUUGGGGAGAUCUUGGAAUGGUUUGGUUACGCCAUGGCCACCUGGUCAUUCCCAACGCUCUCAUUCGCCCUGUUCAGUUUGUGCUUCAUUGGCCCACGGGCAUACCAUCAUCACAGGUUUUACCAUGAACACUUCAAAGAUUAUCCCAGGUUAAGAAAAGCUCUGAUUCCAUUCAUCUUUUGAAAGAGGAGGGCAAGGGACAAAAAAUGGUGUUCUACGAUAUUAAUUGACUUUAGGAAUCUGUCAAAUGCUCGUUAUAUACUUGUGUUGUUUCAAUGUCUGCGCUUCCCGAUCAGUCCCAUCUAUCAUCUGCUCCUCUAUGUCACAAACUCAGACAUUAUCACAUUUUUUAUGUGUUUUUAAUUUCUAAGAUAUAUUCAAGUGAAGGAAAUAGUCCAAGGCAGUUCCAAAACUUUAAAGUAAAUUCACAGGUCCAAUUAUGGAAAAGCUUUCAACUCAUUUGUCAACUCAUUUGUCUCACCCAUAGUGGCAUGUAUCAUUACUAUUACUCAGGAGGCGAUACAUACAUUACCAAUAUCCACCCCAAGGAUACACGUACCCACUCAGAUAUACUCAGACAACUAUCUCUUAUUUUUGUGUAUUUGAAAUUGUGCCCCCCAUAAUCCUGAUAAUUAUGAUCAGAAAUUGCACUUAUUGCCCUGCACUAGAAGCUCACUACUGCUCCUACCUUCCCAUUGUAAGCUUCACCACUGUAUAAUCA